UUGCUAAUUUUGUCACACUAUUUGUAAUCACAUUUUUAAAAAAAAACUUUUAACAAAAACAAUGGUUUUACGGCUAAAACAAUUGAUAUGCAAUCAAUUGAGACAACAGUAUCAACUAAAUGGUCACAAAUCGGUGGUCAAAACUUUUCUAUCACUGGAUAAUAAUAAUAAUGACAUCGGGAUGAGACCAAAGUUUUCUAUCGACUUAAACCAAUUGGUCGACAACACAACCACUACCACCACUGCCAUCAUCGAUGACAAACAUGUGAAGAACUUGUUGUCCAAACUAUCAUUUGUAAGGCAUUUAGAGACCAAACGGACAGAUUUAUUGACCGCUGAGGACAGCGUGGAUGGUGUCAGCAAAGAUAGGUCAUCAUCAACAACAACAGAUCAUAAGAUGAUCAUCGAAGUCGACGAACAGGUCUAUGUGAAGCAAUUGUUUCACGACUUGGUUGACGAUAAUUUACGGGAAAAUCUCGGCAACAAUACACGCGGCGGCCAAUCGGCACCCGUCCAGACAGUGGUCGUCGAAUUUUCUUCGCCAAACAUUGCCAAACCGUUUCACGUCGGCAACUAUCGGUCGACAAUUAUCGGUAAUUUUGUGUCCAACUUUUACCGAUUUUGCCGACACAAUGUUAUUUCACUCAACUAUUUGGGCGAUUUUGGUACUCAAUUCGGUAUACUUAGUCUGGCCUACGAUAGUUUCGGCAACGAUAAUCAAUUGGCCAGUAAUCCAUCCAAGCAUUUGUUUGACGUCUAUGUCAAAGGAAAUGCCGAAUGCAAGGCCAGCGACCAGUGGCGACAAUCGGCAAAGAAUCGGUUCAACGAAUUGGAAACUAAACAAAAUCCCGAUGUUCUUAAACAGUGGCAACGAUUUCGCGAAACAAGUGUCGAUCAGCUCAAGAGUUUAUACUCGCGAUUGGGUAUAGCUUUUGAUGAUUUUCACAGCGAAUCCAUGUAUUCCGAGGCAGGCCAUAGAGUGGUUGACCAGUUAAGACAAUUGGGACUUAUAGAUAGUGAUGAUCAAAGUGCCGCUCAAUUUGCUCUUAUCGCUGACGACGACGACACCAAUCGUGUGAAUCUGAAGAUACCGGUUAUCAAAAGCGACGGAUCGACUCUUUAUCUGACGAGAGACAUCGCAGCGGUUCUCCACAGAAAACAAUUGUUUAAUUUCGAUAAAAUGCUUUACAUUGUAGACAGCAGUCAAUCAAAACAUUUUAAUCAUUUGUUUAAAAUACUUACGCAAUAUAAUCAUGAGUUUCAAAAAAAAUUAAUUCAUCUGCGAUUUGGUCGCAUCAUCGGAAUGAGUACCAGAAGAGGUGAUAUUAUAUUUCUUGAGGAUGUCCUCAAUGAAGCCAAAGAGCGGGCAAUCGAGUCGUGUAAGACUAGUCCGAAUACAAAAAUUAGCGAAGAAAACUAUGACAGUGUUUCAGAUAUAUUGGGUAUGUCUGGCCUAUUGAUACACGAUUUAGCUCAUCGACGGGUACAGGAAUACCGAUUCAAAUGGGAUAAAGCAUUGAAACAUACGGGCGAUACGGGUAUUGCCUUACAGUAUACACAUUCACGACUUUGUAGUUUAGAGAAAAAUUGUGGCAUUGAAUUGAAUACAUCUAGUAUUGAACCACAUAUGGACUGUUUAUCACCAAUUGAAGCCAAACUAUUGAUGACUAUAUUAUCACAAUUUGAUGACAUACUUGUCGACUCAUUUGAUACACUAGAGCCCAGUCUAUUGGUUCACUAUUUAUUUGAUCUAAAGAAUGCCAUUAACAGAGCCAUACAAGUGCUCAAAGUUAAGGGACAGGAACCGGAUGUGGCACAAACCCGACUCUUAUUGUUCAGAUGUUCACGCAAUGUACUCAAUCAGGGUAUGCAGAUAUUAGGGUUGAGCCCAUUGAGUUCAAUGUAA